AGGAGAGAGUCAAACAGGCAGGUAGCACGGGACGGACCAUUCUGUCGCAUUACUUCUCGACAUAUGAAGUACUAAUGAACUGCAAUUGUGAUUAUUCCUUACGAACAAUUUUAAAUUAUUAGCUCUCAAUAUACAAUAAAAUGUCGUAUACGAUUAAAGUCGGGAGUGCCUCAUCAUCAUAUCGCUUCGUGGGUCCUCACAUUAUUUCUUGAAACAUGGUCGCAACAAAUACAAAUAGAUUUCAAUUGCGAUAUAUAUAUAUAUUAUUUCGAAUAAUUGUGAAUUAUUAUCUCGCCAAAUAAAAUGUAUGUCGUGUACGUGAUCACAGAAAUACCAUACUAUCCAAAUCUAUUAGUACCGGCAGACAUAAUUAACUUUGUUUUCACGAGUGAGUGUUGUAAGUGUCAUGAAAAAGCCAAGAGAGGAGUAAAAAAUCAAGGAGCACCGCGUGACAGCAUUCGAGGAGGACGCGGAGGUGUCGUUGUACACGGCGCUUCGCACUCCACCCAGUUGAAAUUCCCCUCGAAGAACCCAAUAUCGAGGACCAACUCCAUCAUCAUCAUGAUGAUGAUGAUCAUCAUCAUCAUCACGGCGUCAUCAGCGCGAUGGCCAUAUUUCCGACCCCGGCCCCGUCGGAAAACCAAAAUCAAAAGCUCUGGACCCGCUAUGUAAGACGAGCGGUCAUCAAUAUUUAUAAAACCAGUCAUCUAUCAGCGGUUGAAUUCCUUCUAGGAAUAUUUUACUGCGUUUGCCGCUAUGAAUGCAUAGAUUUCACCGCGUAUCGAGUGUUUACCUUUUUAUUCAAUAUCGCGAAGUGUCAUUUAUCUUGCGCGUGUCGAUGUUAGAGACCGCAAACUGAUCGAUUCGGCCACUAGGAAAUAGUUAAAUGCAAUUCCGCUCGUUAUACAUGAUAUAAUUUCGCGCAUUUUUAAU